CUUUGACUUAUAAAUUUGAAUUCAAGUGUAUACAACGUAUUGAAAGAUGGAAGCGCAUGACAGCCCCUCUAAGUAUAGUAGGGAAGCACUAUAUAAUACUCUUUGUAGAUAGGUAAGUACCUUGCAUAUGUCCGGCAUGAAUGGAGAAAAUAUAGGGUCAAAGAGCUUUAUUGGUUGGUAGCUAACCCGGACAUAUGCGAUGGUUGAUAUUUUCUCCAAAUGGCGCAAUCGGUGUCCAUGAGCCCAUCCCAAGUCUUGUUGACCGAACAUAAAGAGGCAAGUCGCAGCCGAGUCCAACUCCGCUAACAGUUGAGAGGCAAUUCCAACUAUUAUGGCGACUGUCACGUACGUUACCCCUGCGGCGGUGAAGCCCCCUGGGCAGCCCGAUAUUUCGUAUGCGCCCGAUUUCAAGAAAUAUGAAGCGCGAAGAGACAGCCGCGUUAAGUCUGGUAUCUUGCCAAAGGAACUUCCCAAGGGACUGCCCCGGCAGCUAACCGGAAAGUUGGUCUGGGAGGGCGACUCUCUUGCAAAAGAAUACGAUUGGACAUAUGUCCUUGAACAAAACCAUCUCGAUGAAAUAGAUCUCGCUGUGAAGCACUUCAAGUCUCUCAAUUUACCCCUCGGUUAUGUGAGCCAGGAGACCUUCCCAUUGCCAACCCUACAUUCUGAGCUACGGAAGUUAUCCGAUGAGCUCCAUAACGGACAUGGCUUUUUCGUAAUUCGCGGUGUUCCCGUUGACAAGUACAGUCGCGAAGAGAACAUAAUUAUCUAUGCGGGUUUAUCGGCGCAUAUUGCUCCUAAACGAGGCCGCCAGGACAGCAAGUUCGACGGCAAGCCUGCGGUUGUUACGUUGUCUCAUAUCAAGGAUUUGAGUGGCCCCGGGCGCAGUGAGAUAAUCGGUAGCCCGGCUUUUACUACUGACAAGCAGGUCUUCCACACUGACUCGGGGGAUAUCGUUUCCCUGUUCGCCCUCGAAACGGCUGCCGAAGGUGGCGCAAGUAAGCUCGCGAGCACAUGGCGAGUGUAUAAUGAGAUCGCUCGUACCCGCCCCGAUCUUGUCCACACGUUGACCGAGAAUUGGAACCCAGAAAACUUUGGUAAUUACGAGCAGCCGUUUACGUCAAGACCUAUUAUGCAUUAUCAGCCGGCUACUGAAUCAGCGCCGGAACGCGUGAUUCUCCAGUAUGCUCGACGUUCGUUCGUCGGAUUCGGUGCCUUGCCUCGCAGUCCGGCCAUCCCGCCAAUCACCGAAGCUCAAGCGGAAGCAUUGGACACACUACACUUCCUUGGAGAGAAAUUCUGCGUCGACACGUAUUUCCAAAAGGGAGAUAUUCAAUAUGUCAACAACUUGGCUGUGUUUCACGCCCGGGACGGGUUUAGGAAUGAAGGCGAUAAGCAGCGACAUCUGUUACGGUUCUGGUUACGCGACCCGGAGAAUGCAUGGGAGACGCCGGAUGUGUUGAAGGAGAGGUGGGCUUUGCUAUAUGAUGACAGAGCGCCGGAGUCUGAGGUUCUACCGCUUGAGCCGUACAUUCGAACUGCAGGUAACAAGAGUGGUCGAGUGGGUUGAUGAUCUUGGCGAGACCGAAUUCCAAAUCAAUAUCAUAUAUAAGCCAGCAAGAGUACACAUUCCCAGGCAUAGCCAAUGAUAUAGCAAAGGAGCAGAUUCCUUCGGCUUUUCUUCAAUCUCCGAGUAUUAAAUGUAAGACUACCAGGUAGGUAGUUAUGCAAAAUGAUACUUGAGUCCUGUCGUAAACACAAUCCUGUAGCACCAUGGCCAACGAAACUACUAUCCGAAAAGGUCAU